AAGACACCAAAUCCAAACCCGGACUUGUUCGGAAGAAUGAACCCGAUUGGAUAAUCGGCGACGCGUCCGGCGGAGAAAAUAGCUUCCGGCUUGUUUUCAUCAGUCAAAAAGAAAUGUGAAAGCGCAAAACGAAGAGAGAGAAGAGAGAUCGAUCGAGCGACGAGCCUAAAGUCGGCGCAAAACCUCCUCUGAAUCGCUCUAAAAUCAUAUCCGAUUCAUCAAAUUUCUCAUAUUCCCAAUCAAAUCUCUUCACCUUCUUUGUCAAUCGAUCACCAUCGUAACAACUCUCUUCUCUUUCAAUCCCUUACACGCGAACUGUAUCUAUAUACACAUCUGUAAUUGUUUGGAGGCGAACAUGGGCUGUAUGGAUGGGUCUGGUUGUUGAUUUUUUUUUCCCGCGAUUGAACAGUAGAACAACCAACUAAUUCAGUGUUUAAUCUUUUGGGAUAUCAGAGAGAUGGAUUUGGUUUCCAGUUGCAAGGACAAAUUGGCAUAUUUCAGAAUAAAGGAGCUCAAGGAUGUUCUCUCCCAACUGGGACUUUCAAAGCAAGGAAAGAAGCAGGACCUUGUAGAACGUAUAUUGGCCAUUCUCUCUGAUGAGCGAGUUUCUGGUACGUGGGCAAAGAAAAAUGCUGUUGCGAAGGAAGAAGUUGCAAAACUAGUAGAUGAUGCUUACAGAAAAAUACAGGUAUCUGGGGCUACUGAUUUAGCAUCGAAAGGACCGGGUUUGUCAGACAGCAGUAAUGUUGUGAGGCUCAAGGAGGAAAUUGAAGAUUCUUAUCAAAUGGAUAAGAUUCGUUGUCCAUGCGGAAAUUCAUUGCAAACUGAUUCAAUGAUCAAGUGUGAGGAUCUGAAGUGCCAUGUGUGGCAGCAUAUUGGUUGUGUUAUUAUUCCAGAGAAGCCUAUGGAGGGUGUUCUACCAGCUCCUCCUGACAUUUUCUAUUGUGAACUCUGUAGACUCAGUCGGGCAGACCCCUUUUGGGUGACGGCAAAACAUCCCUUGUAUCCUGUUAAGUUGACCAUUGCAAAUGUUCCAACAGACGGUUCAAAUCCGGUGCAGAGCAUUGAGAAAACAUUUCAAAUUACAAGGGAAGACAGGGAAUUUUUUAAACAAGAGCAUGAUGUUCAGGCUUGGUGUAUGCUGCUUAACGACAAGGUUCCAUUUAGGAUGCAUUGGCCACAGCAUGCAGAGCUACAAGUCAAUGGUAUGCCAUUGCGGGCAAUUAACAGACCUGGCUCACAAUUGCUAGGGGCUAAUGGUCGUGAUGAUGGCCCUGUUAUCACACCGUGCACCAGAGAUGGAAUUAAUAAAAUUUCCUUAACAGGAUGUGAUUCUCGAGUGUUCUGUUUGGGGGUCAGAAUUGUGAAGCGGCGUACUGUUCAGCAGAUUCUCAACUUGAUACCUAAGGAGUCAGAUGGUGAGCUAUUUGAAGAAGCUCUUGCUCGUGUUCGCCGUUGUGUUGGUGGUGGAACUGAAACAGCGAAUGCAGAUAGUGACAGUGAUCUGGAAAUUGUUGCUGAUUCUAUUCCUGUCAAUUUACGUUGUCCUAUGAGUGGCUCACGAAUGAAGGUUGCUGGAAGAUUCAAACCUUGUCUUCACAUGGGCUGUUUUGAUCUUGAAGUUUUCGUGGAAAUGAACCAACGGUCUAGGAAGUGGCAAUGCCCCAUCUGCCUCAAGAAUUACUCUCUGGAGAAUGUCAUCAUUGACCCGUAUUUCAAUCGCAUCACAUCUAAGAUGCAGAAUUGUGGAGAAGAUGUGACAGACAUUGAGGUGAAGCCUGAUGGUUCUUGGCGGGCAAAGACGGAAGGUGAUCGCAGGGAUCUUGGAGAUCUUGGGCUGUGGCACUUCCCCGAUGGUACUCUCUGUGUCCCUAUGGAUGGAGAAGUUAAACCUAAAUCAGAAGCUCUUAAGCACAUCAAACAAGAAGGUGUUUCUGAAGGACAUGCCAGCUUAAAACUUGGAAUCAAGAAGAACCGGAAUGGUUUGUGGGAAGUAAGUAAACCCGAUGAUAUGCACUUACUUUCUUCCAGUAAUAGAUUGGAGAAGUUUGAGAACCUUGGUCGGAAUCUAAUCCCAAUGAGUAGUAGUGCAACUGGAAGUGGCAGGGAUGGUGAGGAUGCUAGUGUCAAUCAAGACGGUGGUGGAAAUUUUGAGUUUUGUCCCAACAAUGGGAUUGAACUUGAUUCUAUUUCUCUGAACAUUGACCAAACGUAUGAAUUUAUCAAUCCAAAUUCCGCACCAUUAGGGGAUGUGGAAGUUAUUGUUCUCAGUGAUUCAGAAGAAGAGAGUGAUAUCAUGAUUCCAUCUCGAACACUCUACGAGAAUAAUCAAACUGAUGUUGGUGGAAUCACAUUUCCAGUUCCCACACAUGGAAUUCCCGAUUCAUAUCCUGAAGAUCCUGCUCUUGUUACUGGUGGUAGUUCAUGCCUAGGUCUUUUCAAUACUAAUGAUCAUGAAUUUGGAAUGCCCCUCUGGUCUUUACCUCCGGGUAGUCAGGCGGGUCCCAGUUUCCAGUUAUUUGGUUCAGAUGCAGAUGUCUCAGAUGCCUUGGUUGAUUUGCAACACAGUUCCAUUAAUUGUCCUACAUCGAUGAAUGGAUUCAUGUUGCCUGCAGAGACUACCAUGGGAUCUGCUACUCUUUUCCCAGACUGUACUGUUGAUCGUUCUAAUGCUGAUUUAAAUGAUGGCUUAGUUGAUAAUCCAUUGGCAUUUGGUGCAGAUGAUCCCUCUCUUCAAAUAUUUCUUCCAACAAGGCCUUCUGAUGUAUCGAUUCAGCCUAAUUUGAGAGAUCAACCUGAUGUGUCAAACUGUAUACAAACUGAGGAUUGGAUAUCUCUCAGACUUGGGGGUGGUGGCACUGGUGGUCACAGUGAAUCUGAGGCUGCAAAUGGAUUAAAUUCGCAGCCGCAAUUACAAUCCAAGGAAGGGGCCAUGAAUUCUUUGGCAGACAAGGCUACUUUGCUACUAGGUAUGAACGACAACAGACCUAGUAAGCCAAUUAGCGAGAAUAAUCAAACUGACCCUUUCUCAUUUCCUCGUCAACGACGUUCUGUAAGACCACGCCCAUUCUCUAUUGACUAAGAUUGACUAGAUGAGUCGGACCUUGUUUCCCAUGAACAACUGCUACUAUAAUAGAAAACCCCAUUUCCCCCCUGGCUUGAAGAAUUCAACUAAUUUUUGGAAUGAUUUGGUGAUCUGUCCGUCUUCCUGCAAAGUUGGUUUGUAUUUGUAAAUUGAAGAAAGCUGUGAAAACAUUUUUGUCCCUGUGAAUAGUCUUGGUCGGUUGCUGCAGGACACACACCGUUUCUGCUUAAAAGUGUACCGGCAGCGGAGAAAUAUCUCUUUUUAUUGGGCUGAUAAAAUUCUCUCUUCUCCUGACAGACCCGAUGGUCCCAUGCUGGUAAAUUGUACAAUAGACAGUUGCAAAAAUUUGGAACAAAUCUAUUGUAUUCGCAUUCGGAGGGAGGGGUCGAGUCUACUACGAAAGUAACACAAAUUUACUAUUUUUUUUUUCUUUUUGGUUUCUGAUUUAUGGUGAGCAAAUAGUCUGUUAAAUGUCCUCACUCUACUAGAUUUGAGUAAUUUAUAGAAAUAUAAUGUACUUUAUUUUUUGAGUAUUUUAUCUGUUCUAAAAUCGAGUGUGUUGCAAUGGUUGCAGAGAAA